AUGAAGAGUGUGAACAAGAAGGUGGUGCCGUUCAUCAUGGGAGCUACCGGAACGGGAAAAUCGAAGUUGUCGGUGAGACUGGCGGCCCGAAUUGGCGGAGAGAUAGUCAAUUCCGACAAGAUUCAGGUUUAUAGAGAUCUUGACAUUCUGGGCAACAAGAUUCCCGAGGAGGAGAAGCUCGGCGUGCCUCACCAUUUGUAUGGCCAUAUCGCGGACCCCGAUCAAGAAUACACUACCCGCGACUUCUGCUUCGAGGCCACGUCGGUGAUCGAACGGAUCAUAAAAUCCGGCAAGGUUCCGGUCGUCGUAGGAGGAUCGAAUUCUUACCUUGAACCCUUGGUGGAGGACCCUGAGUUCAAGUUCAAGUCUAACUACUUGGGAUGUUUCAUUUGGCUCGAUGCUUCUCCGAAUGUUUUGAACACUUAUGUCUCAAAACGAGUUGAUGAAAUGAUUAAUCAAGUUUCCGAGCUGGACAAGUACCUGAGAGCUGAGUCCAACAAAGACGUGUCUGAUGCUGAGAAGAAGGCGCUGCUUGACUGUGCCAUUGCUCAAAUGAAGACCAACACUAUAGGCUUAAUCCGCCGUCAAGUAGGCAAAAUCCAACGGCUGAGUGACGAGCUGGGGUGGCCCAUCCACCGCAUCGAUUCCACCGCCGUGUUGCAGAUCGAGGGUGACAAACAGGCUCGGGAGGCUGCAUGGUUGAAGAUGGUUUUCAACCCCACCUUGAACAUUCUGGAACAAUACCUUAAAAACAUUUGA